CCACCCGCUUGCUCAACACACUGCACGCCAGGGCUCGACGCUCGAAAUGCAGCAGCCUGGAAGCACCACACACAUAGCACAAACUCGCAGUGCCUCGAACCAGUCGACCCAGCCAUGCGCAACGGGGAGCGCAGACGGGACCCGCGCGUCGUGUGGCGCGACGUCGUCCAAUUCCCUGCCACCUCUCCUCCACACCAGAGCAAGCAAGCAAGCAAGCAAGCGCUCCUCGUCAGUCAGUCAGCCCGCAGAGGCAAACCACUCCCUCUCACGACGCAGCCCCCUGAUCUCAGCGUCUUGUCACCGGCCGUCGAAAACGACCGCGCCUCGCCCCAAGCAAAAGGCUGAAAAACUCCACGUUAGGCCGCUCCUUGCCUAGCGCUGCCUAGCCUGCUCAAACACGCUGCAAAGCCUGCCCAAGCUUACGACGUCUCGUAAAGCCGCGACGCUCGGGCGGCGUUCGAUAGUCUUUCGCUGGCUCCGACGCCCAUGACGAAAGCAGCCUGUCUAGACG